AUGGCCAAAAACGUGGGUUCACCCUUCUUCACCCCCUUGGUGAGUUGCAUUGCCGAUAGCUGCCUUAUCCCAUCGGUUUUCCCUUCUAAGGCUGGAAUCAUACAUGGUGAUCCUUUUUCAAGUAUGCACACCGAACUUAAGGCGGGUAUAGGAAUGGCCGAGACUUGUCUCAUGAAAUCCAUUCCCAAAACCACCUUAAAGUCAUCCAUGGGAAUGACUGAGAAGUCCACUGGUCCGUACCAACUUCCCAGCCGCAUCCCGACCUUUCGGGCUUUCCCACUAACGGGUUGCGCCUUAGCGUUCACCGUCUUCAUCCUGCCAUCCCCCUUUGACCAACUGACUCCAAGUCUCACGGCCUCCUCUAUGGCCAUGAAGUUAUGUGUGGCUCCCGUGUCCACCAUUACUUGGGUCGGUUUAUCAUUUAUCCGAGCUUCGACAUACAUGAGCCCCUUGCUCAUUGGCCUUACCACCGGGUUAGCCUGUAGGGCGUGCAGCAACUGUAGCGACCCUAUCUUGCUUGGUGGUUCUUCCGGAGUCUCGGUCUCCCGAUUUUCCAUAAUUGUGGAUAAGGACCCCAUCUUCGGACAGUCCUUCAUCGCGUGUGGCCCCUUGCACACAAAGCAUCCUCCCUUUGGAACAAAGGAUUUCUUUCUUGCUUCAAAAUCCUCCCGCCGAGCCCCCUUCUCAAAGUUCUUUGAGUUGGGUGAUCUAGUAUUAUCUCGUUUGGCUCCCACCUUUGACUCUGCCCUGGUCCUUCUUUUUAGAGGAUUCGGACGGUCCAGAGGUGCGGAAAUCAAUCAGUGA